AUGCUGGUGAAGCGCCCCCGGUGCCGCUCGUGUUCCCGUGGCACCGGCAGACCCCGGCCCUCCCCUGCUGCCCCGCACAGCGCCACAGCCGCGGCCUUUCCCGGUGCUCCCAGUCCGGACAGGGAGGAGGAGGAGGAGAGAGGGGGUGGGGAUGAAGAACAGGAGGAGGAAGAGCAGGAUUUCCCCAUCCCCAAGCCCAACAUCGUGUCGCGGCUGGAGCCCGAGGAGGAGCUGGGGGUGCCGGACCCCAACGACUCCAAGGAGUGGGAGAUCCUCAGGGUGGCCCCUGCAGGGCGGGGCCGGCGCGGCGGUGGGCGUGGCCAGCCGGCCCCGCCCCCCAAGCCCUUCACCUGCCUGGCGUGCGGCAAGGGCUUCACGCGCAGCUCCAACCGCAACGCGCACCUGCGCACGCACCUGCCCCUGGGCCACGCCCCCCAGCGGGCCCGCCCCCUGCGCCAGGUGAGCCCGCGGCGCUUCGGGUGCGGCCAGUGCGGGCGGAGCUUCGGCCGCGGCGCCCACCUGAGCGCGCACCUGCGCGCGCACCUGGGCGAGCGGCCCUACACCUGCGCCGAGUGUGGGCGGGGCUUCAGCUACAGCUCCGCCUUCCUCAAGCACCGCCGCGCCCACGGGCAGCCGGAGGAGGAGGGGAGGAAGAGGAGGAGGAGGAAGGGCGCGCCCGGGCUCACCUGUGCCGGGCACACCUGUCCGCGCUGCGGGGCGGGGUUUGCAGACGGCCACGCCCUCCUGGCGCACCUGCACGGGCACGCCGCGGACACGCCCCUGGGCUGUGCCACGCCCGACGUGUGUGCCACGCCCCUGGGCUGUGCCACGCCCUACACCUGCGGGGAUUGUGGGAAGGGCUUCGGGGGAAGCUCCGCCCUCAUCCGGCACCAGCGGCUGCACCUGGGGAAGGAGGCGGCGGGGAGGGGGAGGGGCGCGGGGGGCGGCGAGCCCCGCAACGGCUGCGGGGGGUGCGGGCUGGCCGGACACCGGAGUGACCACCGGAGUGACCACUGCCGGAGUGACCACAGCAUUGACCACGGGAGUGACCGCGGGAGUGACCACCGCCGGAGUGACCAGUGCCGGAGUGACCACCGGAGUGACCGCGGGAGUGACCACCGGAGUGACCGCGGGAGUGACCAUCGGAGUGACCACUGCGGGAGUGACCGCGGGAGUGACCAUCAGAGUGACCACUGCGGGAGUGACCGCGGGAGUGACCAUCAGAGUGACCACGGGAGUGACCAGUGCCGGAGUGACCGCGGGAGUGACCACCGGAGUGACCACGGGAGUGACCAUCAGAGUGACCACCGGAGUGACCACGGGAGUGACCAGUGCCGGAGUGACCGCGGGAGUGACCAUCGGAGUGACCAGUGCCGGAGUGACCACACGAGUGAGCACCAGAGUGACCACCGGAGUGACCAUGGACACAGGAGUGACCACCGGAGUGACCGCGGGAUUGACCAUCGGAGUGACCACGGACACAGGAGUGACCACGGGAGUGACCACAGCACUGACCACUGCCAGAGUGACCACCACAGUGACCAUGGACAGGGGAGUGACCACAGGAGUGACCAUGGCCGCAGUGACCACAGCACUGACUACAGGAGUGACCACAGACACGGGAGUGACCAUGGACAUAGGAGUGGCCACAGGAGUGACCGCGGGAGUGACCACGAGAGUGACCGCAGCCACGGGAGUGACCACUGUGGUGACCAAGGGAGUGACCACGGCCACAGGGGUGACCACUGUGCUGACCACGGCUCCGGACACAGCCCUGACCAUCGCAGCGGUCAGUGGGGCCACUCCGGACAGCUGGACAUCAGUAAUGGUCAGCAGGAGCACAGCAGCGGUCAGCGAGGUGGCCACAGACAGAGGAGUGACCACAGCAGCGGUCAGCGGGGCGGCUCCGGACAGAGGAGUGACCACAGCAGCGGUCAGCGGGGCGGCUCCGGACAGAGGAGUGACCACAGCAGCGGUCAGCGGGGCGGCUCCGGACAGCCGGACACGGCCGGCGAUGACCAGCACCCCCCCCAGAGCAGCGGUCAGCAGCAGGGCAGCGAUGACCACAGCGGUGACCACAGCGGUGACCACAGCAGUGACCACAGCGAUGACCACAGCGGUGACCGAGCCGACUGCCCCCACGCCGGUGCUGAGCCCGGGGGUGACCACUGUCCACUCAGCUGCCCAGACUGCGGCCAAAGUUUCACCCUGAGCGUCCAGCGGCAGCGCCGCGGCCACACCGCACUGACCGGGACUGGCCAGGCCACAGUGACCAGAACCAGCCAGGCCACGCUGACCAGAACUGGCCACGCCACGGUGACCAGCACCGGCCGGAGCCGCGGUCACACCGCACUGACCAGUGCUGGCCGGAGCUGUGGCCACACCCCACUGACCAGCACCAGCCACACCAAGGUGACCAGCUCUGGCCAGAGCUGUGGCCGGGCUGCACUGACCAGUACCAGCCAGGCCACGCUGACCAGAACCAGCCAGGCCACGCUGACCAGAACCAGCCAUGCCACGCUGACUGUCCCCGGCCGGAGCUCUGGCCACACCACACUGACCAGAACUGGCCGGAGCUGUGGCCGGGCUGCACUGACCAGUACCAGCCAGGCCACGCUGACCAGCCCUGCCCAGGCCACGCUGACCAGUACUAGCCAGGCCACGCUGACCAGUACCAGCCAGGCCACGCUGACCAGUACCAGCCAGGCCACGCUGACCAGAACCAGCCAGGCCACGCUGACCAGAACCAGCCAGGCCACGCUGACCAGCCCUGCCCAGGCCACGCUGACCAGUACCAGCCAGGCCACGCUGACCAGUCCUGCCCAGGCCACGCUGACCAGUACCAGCCAGGCCACGCUGACCAGAACCAGCCAGGCCACGCUGACCAGAACCAGCCAGGCCACGCUGACCAGUGCCAGCCAGGCCACGCUGACCAGCCCUGCCCAGGCCACGCUGACCAGAACCAGGCAGGCUGCAGUGACCAGUACCAGCCAGGCCACGCUGACCAGCCCUGCCCAGGCCACGCUGACCAGUGCCAGCCAGGCCACGCUGACCAGAACCAGCCAGGCCACGCUGACCAGAACCAGCCAGGCCACGCUGACCAGUGCCAGCCAGGCCACGCUGACCAGCCCUGCCCAGGCCACGCUGACCAGAACCAGGCAGGCUGCAGUGACCAGUACCAGCCAGGCCACGCUGACCAGCCCUGCCCAGGCCACGCUGACCAGUGCCAGCCAGGCCACGCUGACCAGAACCAGCCAGGCCACACUGACCAGUGCCAGCCAGGCCACGCUGACCAGCCCUGCCCAGGCCACGCUGACCGUCGCCCGCCGGCCGCACGAGUGCCUGGACUGCGGCAAAUCCCUGCAGCCGCGCCGCCGCUCCGGCCAGUCCGGUCACUCUGUCCAGUCCGGCCGCUCCGGCCGCUCCGGCCGCAGGCCCGCGGCGCCGGGCGUCCCCAACACGUGCGGCGAGUGCUGGCAGAGCUUCGGGCAGAGCUCGGACCUGGCCAAGCACCUGCGCAUCCACACGGGCGAGAAGCCGUACGCCUGCGGGCACUGCGGCAAGCGCUUCAACGUCAGCUCCAACCUGAUCCGGCACCGGCGCAUCCACACCGGGGAGCGGCCGUACGGCUGCGCCGACUGCGGCAAGAGCUUCACCGACAAGUCCACGCUGAGCCAGCACCGGCGCACGCACACCGGGGAGCGCCCGUACGCCUGCGGGCUCUGCGGCAAGAGCUUCAGCCGCAGCUCGCACCACCGGCGCCAGGCCACACUGACCAGUGCCAGCCAGGCCACGCUGACCAGCCCUGCCCAGGCCACGCUGACCGUCGCCCGCCGGCCGCACGAGUGCCUGGACUGCGGCAAAUCCCUGCAGCCGCGCCGCCGCUCCGGCCAGUCCGGUCACUCUGUCCAGUCCGGCCGCUCCGGCCGCUCCGGCCGCAGGCCCGCGGCGCCGGGCGUCCCCAACACGUGCGGCGAGUGCUGGCAGAGCUUCGGGCAGAGCUCGGACCUGGCCAAGCACCUGCGCAUCCACACGGGCGAGAAGCCGUACGCCUGCGGGCACUGCGGCAAGCGCUUCAACGUCAGCUCCAACCUGAUCCGGCACCGGCGCAUCCACACCGGGGAGCGGCCGUACGGCUGCGCCGACUGCGGCAAGAGCUUCACCGACAAGUCCACGCUGAGCCAGCACCGGCGCACGCACACCGGGGAGCGCCCGUACGCCUGCGGGCUCUGCGGCAAGAGCUUCAGCCGCAGCUCGCACCACCGGCGCCACCAGCGCACCCACGCCGGGGGAACCGGGGGGGCUGGGGGUGCUGGGAGCACUGGGAUGGGGGCUGGGGGCACCGGGGGGGUGACGCAGCUCUGGGGGUUCCCCAGCCAGGCUUGCUGAGCGGGGUUUUGGUCAGGAAAAUUAAAGAGAAUUUGGAAUAUUGGGGAUUUU